AUGGAUACCGGCUCCACCAGUUCGGUCUCCUACCAUGUGUCCUGCGCGUCAGAUGCAGACGAGUCGAAAUAUCUCACAAGGGUUCAAUACCUUCGUUGGGUUCGACUCGCUCUGGGGAUUAUCAUCUUUGGUGUCGCCAUCUCCAUCAUAGGCUGCGAAGCAGUCCCUUUCCAGCACUAUCGAGCGACAUCAGCAUACGGCAAGGUCGGGUUAUAUCUCUGGCCCUUGAACUUCGACAUCCGCCCGACCGUCGCACUGCUGUCCUGCGGCUGCAUCAUUGCAUUCCUGAAUCUGGCAUACACCGUCAUCGCUCUUCUUCCUUCUCCCCACGCACAUAUCAGACGGCAAAACGUCGCCGCCACAGCCAUCGCCGUCUCGGGAUUUCUCACGGUGGUAGUGGGACUCGCGUUCGCCAUCCAUCUCCCGGGAUCGAAUCCCCCAAACGGGUUCUCGGAAGUAGAAACCCUCCAUUCGUGGACCUGCAAGUGGAAAACCGUGCAUGGGUCACUGUCGCCCAAGGUUGAUGACACCGUCACCCCGCCGCCGGCUCAUUUUGCGCGUGACUGUGCGCUCACCCGGGCAUCGUUUAUCCUGACAGGACUGGCUGUCGGGCUGACGAUCCUCAUGGGACUGGCCGCUGGUGUUGGGGUUUGGUUUGAGAGAAGUGUCUCCAAACAGCGAGGGCAGGAUACUUCUCCGCUGCGGAAGGUGAAUAUCAUGGCGAAGUAUCCAGGUACCUGA